GAGCGUGGAACCAGCAACGAAGAGGUCGCCUGCAGAGUGAUACGAUGGGAGAGCCGUAUGUAAAACUGUCUUAGGAACAGGUCAUUACGGGCUGAGCGCAAAAUGAAGAAAACGUACCGUUAUCCCGAAUGCUCAUAGUGGAGUUCGCAAGUGCACGCUAGCACCCCGCAAACAGCCUCAAGAUGCCGAGGUUCAUACCGUCUCUCCACCAAAGCUCUGCCGACAUGGCUGAAUCGACCUUGACGCGUCUGCGCACCCUUGUGUAUAUACACAUACCUCCUUGAGCCCUAGCCACAGUCAGUUGACCUCACAACCAUACCUACCUACACCCACAUCCACACCACCACCCACCAUGACGCACGCCGCCUCCAAAGACGACCUGCGCGUCAGCGCGCUCUUCGACUACACCUCCCACGUCGUCCUCGUAACCGGCGGCGCGACGGGCCUCGGCGAAAUGGCCGCGCAAGCCUUCAUCCAAAACGGCGCCCGCGUCUUCAUCGCGUCCCGCAAAGAAUCCGAACUCGCCUCCACCACCGCACGCCUGAACGCCCUCGGCCCAGGAAAAUGUUCCUACAUCGUCGCAGACCUAAAAGACAAAGCCGGCUGCCUCGCUCUGUGCACGGAGCUAAAGAAGCAAACGGAUCGGCUGACGGUGCUGGUGAACAAUACGGGCGCGAGCUGGGGCGAUGAUUACUACAAUUACCCGGAACAUGCGUGGGAUAAACUGUAUGCGUUGAAUGUGAAGAGUAUAUUUUAUAUGACGGUCGAGUGUGAGGGGCUGUUGAGCAAGGGGGCGGAUGCGCAUAAUCCGUCGAGGGUGAUUAACAUUGCUAGUAUGGCGGGCAUUACGACUGUGGAUGUUACGACGGGGGAGGGUGGAGGGUUGAGUAAUCCGGGGACUGGGACUUAUAGCUAUGGUCCAGCAAAGGCAGCUUGCAUCCACCUUACCAAAAUGCAAGCCUCGAAACUCGCUCCAAAGAAUAUCAUGGUCAACGUCAUCUGCCCUGGUGUCUUCCCCUCGCGCAUGACGAACUUCGGGUUGGAGAAAUUCGCAGAUGCGUUGACUGCGGGACAGCCGACAGGUCGCAUUGGCAAGCCAAGUGACUUUGGUGGGCUGGUCUUGUUCUUGAGUAGUAAAGCGAGUGCGCAUAUCACGGGUAACGCAGUCGAGAUGGAUGGCGGUGCUACGCUGACGGGGUGGAGGGGGAAGGUAGGUGGAAGUGGGGAGAGCAAGUUGUGAGGAAAUCGUGGUGGGUAUCAUGUGAUUAAUUGACGGGUUUACUACAUGUUGG